AUGGCUAAACCUCAAAGCGCUAAACACACACGAUCUAAUUCUAUUGUUUAUGUCGAUACAGCAGCACCACCACCAGAAGAAAUUUCUCAUCGUGUUCAGGAGCUCAAUCCACGGAGUAUCGCCAACAUCCUCGCAUGCGCAGCGCGCAUUCAUCCGGACGUCAUGAAGGAAAGAGAACAAAACUAUAUCUUCAACUUCGACCAAGAUUCGAGUGACGUCUGGAAAUCGAUUAACAUCACACAUCGCUACAAGCGCAGCCAAGCGCAGUACGACAUAUCGGUCCUGGUGGCCGAUGAGGUCGUCGAUAUCAUCGAAUCAAUCACGGAUCAUUAUGGCCAGUUCGCAAACCCUCAGACACGUCUCAAUGGGCUCUCCACACUGCGAAAAAUUGGCAAGACGAUUGCACUGUCUACCAACGAUACAUUGGGUCGGGAAGUGCAGGAGCGGUUCCAAUCCGAUGCCUGUCUUGUAAAUGGGAUGAUGGAAAUCAUCAAUUUUAUGACAGCGGAUGAGGAAUUGGAAGAGCUGGCCCGGAAUGAAUGCAUUCAUCCUGGAAUAGAAGAAGUGUUAAAUCUAUUAGAUCCUGCUCGCGAUGAGUAUGAAGAAGAAAUAGAUGAAGACAAAGACAAGGAUGACGACGAGGAUGAAGAUGAGGAGGAGGAAGAUGAGGACGAGGAUGAUGUCUCAGGCUCAGCAUGA